GUUUUGGUGAGAUGUAGGAUUUGACUGCCCCGGAAAACAGGGGUGUCGGGUCAUCGGUCAUUCGCCAAAGCUUAACUUUAAAUCCUACCCCUUCAUCCACAAGGCGACUUUCAGUAUUUCAUGGUGAGUAUUUCAUCAUGAAGGAUUCUGUCUCUGCGCCCCAAACAUGAUACAAAUUUCGGCUUGAUCGUGCGAGAGAAUCCUACUGUAACGUCGUCGUACAACAUGUUAGAUCACGUAUUCAGCCUCCAGGAUAUACAUAAGAUGGCGAUCCCUCCCAGCUCAGAGUUAUGGACGAUUAUUCACAACAACUCAACACGUAUCUGAUACCUACCCAAGUGAACAAAGUCAAUCAACUGAGACAAUAUAUCGCAAUGUCGAACUUGAUACUUCUCCAAGUGCCUCACUCACCUGGUCCAAAACACAACCGAAGCUCUUCAGUCUAUUCUCGUAACUCUUGUGAUUCGACUUUCUCCGCCUAUACUGGCACCACGCUUACCACGGAAACAUGUCCCACAACAAAUCGAGCCCGGGAAUCGCGAUUGAGCUAUUCGGGUCCAUGUGAUGGGACGGUAUUUUAUAUUUACGAUAAACCAUUGCCACCAUUGCCACAGGAAGCUCUCGUCCAGAAACAGAAGCCGUUGCCUCCGUUACCCCUCAAUAUGUCUCGUCGCAGAUCCCAUCAAAAUAUGAGAGGUCCAAUGCCGGAACCGAGGAACGACGCCAUAUACUAUGACGAGAAAGAAGUCUAUGUCCACAACCCGUUCAGUGAUGAAAAAGUGGUGUUGGUAGAAAGCUGGGAUGAUAAAGAAAAAAGAUUAUAAAAGGGUUCAGUGAAUACUGUACGAAUAGCAUGGUGGUUGUAAUGUGGGAAUCUCGACUGAAGGUCCAGAGACGUCGAUGUACAUAAUUCGAAGGGCGGGGGUACACGGUCUUCUUCAGGGAUACGAGGGCGGAAAUCGGGGUCUCUCGCGCAAAAUAUACUUUCCGGCGUUGGGUCUGUGGGGGCAUAUGCUUGGAGCACCAAUAACAAGUGCCUUGAAAUAAGAAAAUGCUUGGUAUUGCUAAAAUCUUUAUUUCUUGCUUAAUGUAUGAGUAAUAACACAUUUUUUAUCA